AGAGCCGCUCCUGCGGGCGCACCGGCAGCCCCGGCUCCGCAGGUGCCGCCCGACCGGCACCGGCACCGGCACCGGCACCAGCACCGCACAGCUCGGCUCGGCCCGGCUCGGCUCGGCUCGGCUCGGCUCGGCUCGGCACGGAGCGGCUGCCGCGGGACGGGCCGGCGGGGCCGCACUAAGAUGUGCCAUGAGCGGUCCGGCCUCGGCGCCCACCGGCCGCUCCGCCUGAGCCCCGGGCAGCUGCCGCCCGCCCCCCCCGCUGCCCCUGGGGCCGUAGGGCCGCGCCGGCCCGCGCCCGCCCCAACGAUGCCCCAUCUCUGGCCGGCGCUCCGCGGCGUGCUCUGGGAAUACUGGGCAGCGCUCCUGGUCGGCGGCUUCUGGGGGCAGUGCUCGCACGGGAUGCCGCAUGUCAUCCGGAUCGGAGGAAUCUUUGAGUACGCAGAUGGCCCCAAUACCCAGGUUAUGAGCGCUGAGGAGCAAGCCUUCAGGUUUUCUGCCAAUAUUAUUAACAGAAACAGAACUUUGUUGCCUAACACAACACUAACCUACGACAUUCAGAGGAUACACUUCCACGACAGCUUUGAAGCAACUAAGAAAGCCUGUGACCAGCUCGCUCUGGGGGUCGUAGCAAUAUUCGGACCUUCCCAAGGCUCCUGUACCAAUGCUGUCCAGUCUAUUUGCAACGCCCUGGAAGUCCCCCACAUACAGCUUCGAUGGAAGCAUCACCCUUUGGAUAACAAGGACACUUUCUAUGUCAACCUGUAUCCCGACUACGCCUCCCUUAGCCAUGCCAUUCUGGACCUCGUGCAGUACCUGAAAUGGAGGUCAGCCACUGUGGUUUACGAUGACAGUACAGGCCUUAUACGGCUGCAAGAGCUCAUCAUGGCCCCAUCAAGGUACAACAUCCGACUGAAAAUCCGCCAGCUCCCGCUGGACACCGACGAUGCCCGGCCGCUGCUGAAGGAGAUGAAGCGGGGCAGGGAAUUCCGCAUCAUCUUCGACUGCAGCCACCUGAUGGCAGCUCAGAUCCUCAAGCAGGCCAUGGCAAUGGGAAUGAUGACAGAAUACUACCACUUCAUCUUCACCACUCUGGAUCUUUAUGCAUUAGACCUAGAACCAUACCGCUACUCUGGAGUGAACCUGACCGGCUUCCGGAUCCUCAACGUGGAGAACCCGCAUGUGUCCUCCAUCAUUGACAAGUGGUCCAUGGAGCGGCUGCAGUCAGCGCCCAAGGCAGAGCUGGGACUGCUCGAUGGUGUGAUGAUGACAGACGCUGCCCUGUUGUACGAUGCGGUGCACGUGGUCUCCGUCUGCUACCAGCGCGCCCCUCAGAUGACCGUGAACUCCCUGCAGUGCCACCGGCACAAAGCCUGGAGGUUCGGUGGCCGCUUCAUGAAUUUUAUAAAAGAGGCCCAAUGGGAAGGAUUAACAGGCCGGAUUGUCUUUAAUAAAACCAGUGGUUUACGGACAGAUUUUGAUUUGGAUAUCAUCAGCCUCAAAGAAGAUGGUCUCGAAAAGGUUGGAGCGUGGAGCCCUUCUGAUGGUUUGAACAUCACAGAAAUUUCCAAAGGACGAGGGCCUAAUGUCACAGACUCGCUGAGCAACAGAUCUCUAAUUGUCACGACGGUCCUGGAAGAGCCCUUUGUCAUGUUCCGUAAGUCUGACACGGCCCUGUUCGGGAACGACCGCUUUGAGGGUUACUGCAUCGACCUCCUGAAGGAGCUGGCCAUCAUCCUGGGCUUCACCUAUGAGAUCCGGCUGGUGGAGGACGGGAAAUACGGGGCACAAGAUGAGAAGGGGCAGUGGAACGGCAUGAUCAAGGAGCUCAUUGACCACAAAGCUGAUCUGGCCGUUGCUCCUCUCACCAUCACCCAUGUUCGGGAGAAAGCGAUAGACUUCUCCAAGCCCUUCAUGACCCUGGGGGUCAGCAUCUUGUACAGGAAGCCCAACGGGACCAACCCCAGCGUGUUCUCCUUCCUCAACCCCUUGUCUCCUGACAUUUGGAUGUACAUCCUCCUUGCCUACCUGGGAGUCAGCUGUGUGCUCUUUGUCAUAGCCAGGUUCAGCCCGUAUGAGUGGUACGACGCUCAUCCCUGCAACCCGGGAUCAGACAUCGUGGAGAAUAACUUCACCUUAUUGAACAGCUUCUGGUUUGGGAUGGGAGCACUGAUGCAGCAAGGCUCUGAGCUGAUGCCCAAAGCACUGUCUACACGGAUCAUUGGUGGCAUAUGGUGGUUCUUCACCCUAAUUAUCAUCUCGUCCUACACGGCCAACCUUGCCGCCUUCCUGACGGUGGAGAGGAUGGAAUCCCCCAUUGACUCAGCAGAUGAUUUGGCAAAGCAGACAAAAAUAGAGUAUGGAGCAGUGAAGGAUGGAGCUACUAUGACCUUCUUCAAGAAAUCCAAAAUUUCCACAUUUGAAAAAAUGUGGGCUUUCAUGAGCAGCAAACCCACAGCACUUGUUAAAAACAACGAGGAAGGAAUCCAGCGAACCCUCACAGCUGAUUAUGCUCUGCUGAUGGAGUCAACCACCAUCGAAUACAUCACCCAGAGGAACUGCAACCUGACUCAGAUUGGGGGACUCAUCGACUCCAAAGGCUACGGGAUUGGUACUCCCAUGGGGUCACCGUACAGGGACAAGAUCACCAUUGCCAUCCUCCAGCUCCAGGAGGAGGACAAGCUCCACGUAAUGAAGGAGAAGUGGUGGCGAGGGAAUGGCUGUCCUGAGGAUGAGAACAAGGAGGCCAGUGCUCUGGGCAUCCAAAACAUUGGUGGGAUUUUCAUCGUUUUGGCAGCAGGCUUGGUGCUGUCCGUCUUCGUGGCCAUGGUGGAGUUUAUCUACAAAUUGCGCAAAACAGCGGAGCGUGAGCAGCGCUCCUUCUGCAGCGCCAUGGCUGAUGAGAUCCGGUUGUCGCUCACCUGCCAGCGACGGGUGAAACACAAGCCGCAGCCACCUGUCAUGGUGAAGACUGACGCCGUGAUCAACAUGCACACAUUCAACGACCGACGGCUGCCAGGGAAGGACAACAUGACCUGCAACACUGGAUUGACACCUGUGUUUCCCUAGGGAAUGGGAAUGGGGGGGGCGGGAGGGAAGGAAUUGCAGCAGACAAGGCUGGAUGCACUCUUAACUAGGAGGAAAGGAUUAAAAAAACAAGAAAAAAAACAGAAAAAAAAAAAAAGCCUGGUUUGGUUCAUUUCAAGAACAAGGCCUUUACAACACAGCGUCAUCAAUCAUCGGCAUAGAAGCAAGAACUUCAAAGCACGGACUGUAACAUGGGUCUUGGGGCUUUUCUGUUUUGUUUUUGUUAUUUUUCAUUCCUUUUUUUUAACACUUAGAUCCUACAGGCCUCAUGGAGUCCAAACACACUACCAUCCAGGAGUCUGAUGUUUACAUACUGAAAACACAAGGAGGCAAAACAGAAUUGAGCCAAACUGACCCUCGGUGGGUAAGGAGGAGCCCCUGAGCAAGGCUUCUUUAGCAUGGCAAUAAAAAGAAACACUUUGUCAGGUGCAGCGUGAGCAUCUAUUCCACACUGACAUACACAGUACAUUUAGGAUACAUUGUCUGGGAAAGGUAUCUGUGACGCACCGUGACGGUCAAGGCUGUGCCUUCUCUCAAAGCAGCUGACAAUGGCCUUUUACCUCACAGCUGUGCUGGCUGUGGCCAUCCACAGCUGGAAGUCCACGUGGGGGGUGUGGUGGCAGAAGGCCAAGUAGAUCCAAGACAGCUGACUACGAGGGGGCAAGUAAGCCUGAAUGGAGCUGAACUCCUGGCCAGGGAUGGGACAGUGCAGCGUGCAUGGGAGCUACUGCCAUCUCCGAGUGACACCACCCACACACCCCGUGCCAAAGCCCAGCCCAGGGUGACACCGUGAUCUCCAGGUCCUCAGCUCCUUCGCUCUUUCUGCAAAGCUCGGUCUCUUUGCAAAGAAGCACGGAAAGCGGCUGAGUCCACAGGUUUCAGCAGCAGUGGGAGCAGAGCUGUUUUGGGGAGCCAAAUGGUACCAGUUUCCAUUAAAUUCAGCAGCACUGAACUGCAGCUCUGCUGCACUCGCACUCAGACCAGGAGAGGACUGUAUGUCUGGUUUAGGACUAAAUGCUCUCCAUGGCAUCAGAGACUUGAAAGACGAAGUAAAACCAGGACUGGCCUGGGACAAGCAGCACUGUGUGAGCCAAACCUGACACCCCUCCUACUCUGCCCCAUGAACCGCAGUCCCUCAGGCAGCAUCUUCAUGUGAUUUAAGCAUCACACACUACAAUGUUUUUAAGAAAUCUUCCAUGAACUGUGUUCUUACUUUCAGGUUGCUUAACCCAGAAGGCUGGUCCUGCAGAUGAAUUUAGUCAGAAUUACCAAAGACCCCUCUGCUGACCUAAAGUAAUGCUUGAGUAACAUCACUCGGCUCCACCCCUACACAGGGAACCACAUAGGUGGCCGGUGGGACACUCCAUGGAUUAAUUUGCAAAAUGAAACAAAUGGAAAUCGCUCUGCCCGCUGUAAUCCAGAACAUCACAUGGAGUAUUGCAAAUGUGCUUAAAAGCUCCGAGUUAAACACUGGUGCUGAAGAAGUGAGCAACCUCCUUCCCUCGCACAUGAAAGGGUGACAGUAACCUGCCACAGACUGCACUGCUGCUAGAGACCCCUGUGCACCCACCACCUAAAUCCUGGUUUAGAGGGCAGGCAGGGCAGCACAGCGAUGGAGCAGGCAGCGCCCGAGCUCUGCAUCCCAAAAUUUCGCCUUCUGUGUCACAGGCAUAGGAGGUGGCACGGCCACCGCAGGAACCUGCAGCUGAACUGACCCAGUUUGCCCUCCCCCGGCUGCAAGGCCUUUCUGGAAAGUUUAUCCUCGCCCAAAGGAACAAACCUGUCUAUAACUGAUUUCAGAUAAUUUUUUUCCCACCUGUUUCUGUUUGAGGCUCAGUUAGGAAGGUUACCUUUGGAGCUGACUAGAAUUAGCAAAUUAGCUCAAGGGGAGAUAGCUGUUCCCUCCCACCCCAUCACAGAACAUAAUUUGUCCUUAUUUUGUUUCUUCUGUGAUGUAAAGAAGCAACAGUGACCCAAAAUUUUUUAAAAAGGUAAUUUGUCAUAUUUUGACUAAAGAUAUGCAAAGAAUUUAUGUUAAUUUUCACCUUUUCAUAGAAAUCAUGAAAAAUUAGGGAUGAAAACUGCCAACUCAAUGGGCAUCAUAUUCUUAAUAGUUUUCUGACCAAAUACCUACAAGCAGAGGACAGAUGGGAAGUAUGGGUCUACUUCCCAAAGCUAAUGACAUUCUUAAUGCAAUUCUUCACAAAUCCUUAGGCUUGUCAGAGUAGUAGAUUUUGUUUUCUUUGCAGAUUUCUAAGCUCUUAGAGAUAUUUAUAAUUAAGGCAGAGAUAAAAACAAAGCCUGAAACUGUCUUUAAAUGUCCAAAGAGCAAAAUACCACAGAAAAUAGCAUUCAUUUUGCUUCAUGAGAUUUUUUUUU